AAAUCUUGUUCUCCACAUGUAAGAAAACAUGUUUGUUUGGUACAGACCCCCCCCUAAAAAUGCAACAUCAUCAUGAGUUUAAAGUGUAUAUUAAAUUUGUGAUACAAAAAUGAUCAUUCCCACACUAAUUGUGAAUCAUGUCACAUUUGCAAUAUGGGUCAAAAUAACUGCAGUAUGAUGUUUUUACUGUAUAAAGCAGCACUAAUAUUUAUUAACAAUCAGCACGGGACAAAGAGAAGUUAGUUGCUGUUAACAUUUUCUUUUUUUCUCCCCUCAUCAGCACAUCGCAGACCUGCUUCAAAGCUCCAAAUCCAGGGCUCGAAUGGCCGGACGAGCUCGCCUAUCCCUGUCCCACACCGUCCUGCUGUCCCUCACUCUGCUCACCGAGCGUGUCAGCUACCGCUCGGUGUCUCGCCGCUUCCACCUGGAGAAAGGAAACAUCCACAGGAUCUUCUUUUCUUUCUGCGAGCGCAUCAACACGCUGGAAGAGACGCUGAUCAGAUGGCCAGUCGGUGCAGAAGCUGUAGAUACCCUCGUCCCCCUCGCAGGUUCAGAGAAGGAACAAGAGGAGCAAGUCGUCCCUCAGGUCCUGGGAGUCUUGGGACACAUCCGCAUCCCUAUCCGCCUGCCAAUAGGAAAACAUGACGUGGAGAGCGCAGUGCCUGAGGUGAAGAGGAUGAAGAAGGAGGCCCACCCCGACUCCUGGCUGAACCUUCAGCUCGUGUGCGACCGUAAGGGCCGGUUCCUGCACUGCAGAAUCAGUAGAGGAUCAGAUGUGGACAGAGGCGGCGCUCUGAGGGACAAACUCCGACAGGAUCCUGAACUGAUGCCCUCCGGCUCCUGCCUCGUGGCCAGAGCCGGAUACCCGCUCACGCCUCAGAUUUUAACUCCGUACUCAGGAAGUCUCGGACUAAAAGAAGAGCUCUUCAACAAGACACUGGAGGAGCAUUUUCACCUCCUGGAUCAGGCUGUCUCCAACCUGAGAGCCAGGUUUCAGAGGCUCCGGUAUCUGGAUAUUGGGAACUACGAUCGAGCCAGAGCCGUUGUGCUGACUGCCUGCGUGUUGCACAAUGUGUUUCUGGACAUGGGACAAGCGGUUCAAGGGGAAGUUGAGAAAGAUGAAGACGUGAGCCGAGAGGGAGAGGGGGAGGUGGACGACGAGGGUGCACGCAGACGCGACGCCAUCUCAGAUCUGUUGCUUAAAAACUGUGGUUGUGAUAGCGCGUGAUGUGACGAGGCCUGUUGGAAAACUUGUGUUUAUAGAUGUAAAUGAGCAGUUCUGUGAUAUAAAAGGUUUAUUUUAACAGUCUGUCUGCAUAUAUAACACACAUAAUACUCAUUGCUGCUAUCAGAAUACAGGGAUAGGUUGCAUUGUGGGAGUUUUCCAUAGUAAAUCUGGAGAAUGCUUCGUUAUUACUGUGGUUUACUAUAAUCGGGAUGACAAAUAGACUUUAGGACUGAUUUAAAAAAAGAUUUAAUUCUCGUUUUUCUGACAUGGACGUAGGCUUAAUCCCAAAGUUAGACUUUUAUUCACAAAAGUUAAUCAGAAUAAUAGAUGCCAUUAUGUUUCAGAGUGGAAGUGCAUGCAGGCUCCAGAAAACAAUAAAAAAGUCAAUGAAUAAAUAAUAUUAAAUGUGAA